GCGAUGUCGAUAUCAGCAUCGACCUCAACGGCGGAACCGCCGGCCCGAAUCUGUUUGGUCGGGGUAGUUGUCUUCGAUAAAGCCACCGUGGCCGCGGCCCAAACCUUCAAAGUGCCCGUGGUGACGUCCGAAACGGGAGCCGAGUUCGUGCGGGACACCAACUUCCUAACCUAUUUCGUCGUCGAUGAAUUCGAGGGUUCGGUUUACGAUACGCUGUAUCGCUCCAAACACAGAAUCCUCGGCCCACCAGCCCUACAGCAGGCUGUAAGAUCCGGUGAUGGGCUUCCACAAAACAAUCGACCAAUCUACAACUACUGCAUGCGGGGCGUCAUCACAUGUUUCACCGGGAUCCGGAAAAAGGAUGAGUUGCAAAAUGUCACCACGAACUGGAAUUUCCUGCUUUUAAAUCCGAGUUCUGCAAUCGAUAACGAUUCCUGGGUCGAUCUGGAACAUAUCGGGAUGCGUGUUUAUCUCGGUGAUCGUAAACUCCACUAUUGCCUAAUGUAG